AUGGAUUUAGUUGUUUACGCAGCUACGAAUCCAUGGCAAUUUCUUUAUUAUGUGUUUCUUUUUCUAACACCAAUGUUUAUAAUAUCUGGUUAUUUAGCAUAUCGUUUAGCUAAAGAUAUUGAACGUAAUGAAAAAACUAAGCGUGCUAAAAUACAACAUAAAGUUAAUAUAGCUAAAGUUCGUAAACAUGGCAAACACGAAUAA